AUGUCUUCACAAUCUUUUGAGAUCAUAUCCACGCUACGAUACGACCCGUCUCUUCCAACGGUAGUUCGUCAACGACUCGGCAACACUCAUACUUAUCCUGAUCCGCUGCUCUCUCCGUACUACCUCCUCCCGUACCAUCAAGACCGACUCCGCAGCGCCGCACGCUACUUCAACUGGGACAAAGCGUCAGAGUUCCUCGAGAAAGACCUUACCCAAUUCGCUCAAUAUCUUGACACCUUCAUACCUCAGAAAGAACAAUGCUGGCGUAUUCGAAUAGUUGUGGACCAAAACGGAAGCUGCAAGGUUGAAACCAGUCCUGCCGCACACAUCGAACUGGAGAAUUUUCUUGUUCCCUUCAUAAUCAGCCCAACGUCUACACCGUGGCGGGUAUUUGUGGAUACGGCCUAUACGACCCCGUCGGGGCUCACUACACACAAGACAACAGCUCGUGAAGGCUACGCAUCUGCGCGAGCUCGAGCCGGAAUCACGACACCGCAGGAUACCGCCGAAGUGCUCCUCGUGAACCCGCAGGGAGAGAUCAUGGAGGGAAGCAUCACAACACCGUAUUUUCAGCGGCGAGGGCCUACGAAACGCGAUGUGCCUGCGUGGAUUACUCCCCCACUGUCAAGCGGUGGUAACGCCGGUACAAGCAGACGUUACGCUCUAAAUCAAGGCUUCUGCACCGAGGAAGUCAUUACCACCCGGGAUCUCGUUGACGGAGAGGUAUGCUUGCUGAGUAAUGGGGUGCGAGGGUUCAUUCUUGGUCAAAUUGUGCUCGAACAGAAAGAGUAGGCCGCGCGAUCCAAAAGAAUAUAGCUAGAGCAAAUCUUUGACCUAAGUUAAAGGCCAUAUAUUCAUUGCGAGCCUGUGGUGAUGUAAAGUCCAAG